AUGGCUGGCGAACCUCAACAUUACACCACCGAGGAUCUUCAUGGACUGACCAAGCCCUUCUUACUCGAGAUUGUCGAUCGUCAAAUGGAGAAAUGGCCACCAGAAAAUCGAAGCCCAAAGAAAACAUCUGUACCACUACUGAAAACCAUCAUACUCACUGGGGGGUUCACCAAACCAGAAGUGAGAUCUUCAGUGAAUGAUUCCAGGAGCAAAUCUUCGAGCCCCUUGACACCACUUGAGCAAUCUCCUCAGUCUCACGAGCAACAGGACGAUCAGCUUGCAAACAUCAGCAUGGGUCUGAGUACAGAAGAAAGGAACCUCCCUGUCAAGCUCCUGCUGCUAGAUAGGCGGCUUGGGUCGGCAGAUGUUACCCGUUCGGUGGAGUGCAUUUAUCUCCUUGCAUCGCGUUCAGUCGACAUCGGGCCUGAUGGAGAGAAGGGAGAUUGGCAGGUCAGUGCAAGCGAGCUCUUGACAGAGCUUCAAAAAACGAUGGCUGCCGUUGAAGGUCCUGCCAAAAUCGGUAUUGGCGAUUCUGUUGAUGUUGGUUAUGUACAAUACUUCGCAAAAGUGGAGGACACCGAAUUGCUUCAGAAUGCACAGACACGGCCCAAUAGACUCACUGUCCCACCAUCAUGCCGUGUGGAAAUCUACGUUGAUCCUCCUCCCUCUAAAAUUGGGUUGCUGGCUCCUACUAGCGACAUGCUCUCAAGCCGGGGAGAGGUUAUUAAUUUUUUUAAAGCUGGCCCCAGUUCCCAAAACAAACCCGACGAUGUCGUUCAAGUGAACCCAGUAGGUGAGUGGUUGAAAGGCCAAGUCGUUGGUAGGCCUGGGUGGAGCGAAUUCCAUGGAAGCAAACACCGGACACUCCAAAAUGCAGAACGAGUCCGGUUCUGGGCUUUUGCUGCAGAUUUUUCUCGUGAUUAUUUCCACACAACACCUCCCUUUUCGACUCGAAAAAUUAAGAAGACCGAUAUCAAGGAUGCACUGGGAAUUGGAACAACAUCUCUCGCCGAUGCCGAAAAUAUGACACAGAUCAUCAAGUUAUAUGCUGAGGGCCCGCAAGCCUCUCAAAAAGUGGUAGAAUGGAUCAAUCGCACUGAGCAUCCCCCACCUGGAGUUGACCAGCUGAAGGAUUUUCUUGUUCAGUGGGAGGCGGGUCAUCCACGACAUCAGUAA